GGAAACAAGAGUUCACCCGGUCAAGAACAAGAACUUGGAAACUCGAGCCUGUCAUGUUUUUGGUCCCUUCUUACAACUGUCCAUCUUCACGAUCUCUUCCAAACUUCUCUCCUUGUGUUACAAAUGGAGUCAAUGACACCACUUUAUAAGACCAAGAAAUGAACUUAUUCAAGAUGGCAACAAGAGCAGACAUUCUUGCUAGCUCCUGCCACCGCCGGAGGAACACAACAGUAUCCCGUCACCGGAAGUAUGGAACCACCCCAGCAACCCCUUUUUUGCAUUGGAAGCUUAUUCAAGAUGGUAACAAGAGCAGACAUUCCGCUGUCUCCAGCAUUGGUGGCAGCGGAGGAGCGGGGGCUGGACAGAGAGGUGGCGGUGUUAGUUGUAGUGGUAGUGGGAAUGCUGUUUCGGCUAGGAAGCUCGCCGCUGGCCUGUGGAGGCUGAGGUUGGCAGGUGGUGGUGGUGGUGAUAAAGGUUUGAACUUGAGGAAGGGGAAAACUGAUGAAUUGGGGUUAAAGAUUAGCAGCGAGUAUGGUGCAGAAAAAAUGGAUCUUCUGCGCACCCCUGAAUUCGUGUCCAAUUCAAACCAUGGGAUCCUGUGCAAGAUUGAAUCCCCAUCACUGUAUACUAAGCAUGACAUGGAGGGUGCAACAAAGUGGGAUCCGAGAUGCUCAGGGAUAUCCAGUGACGUCUUCUGCUUUUAUAGCCAUCCUAAACUUCUCGAAAAUCAUGUUGCUAUGGUGCCUGCUUUUGCCAUGCACGCAGAACUAGUGCAAGCUCGAUUGCGCAUUCAUGAGCUUGAAGCCAACUGCCAGUCUUCCAAGAAAAAAAUCAAACACUUACUGAAGAAGCUCGGAGAAGAAAGAACCUCAUCGCAGAGCAGUGAACCUCAGAAAAUUCGUGCAGUUAUUGAUGAUUUAGUCAAUCAAUUAAGCAGGGAAAGAAAAAAACGUCAAAAGCUGGAAAUUCUCAAUUCUAAAUUAAUCACUGAGUUGGUAAAUGUCAAAUCAUCUGCAAAGAAGUUCAAGAAAGACUAUGAGGAACAAAAAAGAGCCAGAGAAAUAAUGGAGAAAGUUUGUAAUGAACUUGCCAAUAAAGUUGCAGAAGAUAAAGCUGAAGUUGAAACAUUCAAGACUGAGUCCAUCAAGAUUCAGGAAGAAAUGGAAGAAGAGAGGAAGAUGUUGCAGGUGGCUGAGGCUUGGCGUGAAGAACGUGUCCAGAUGAAGCUGAUUGAUGCAAAAUUGGCCCUUGAAGAUAAGUAUUGCCAAAUGAACAGGUUAGUAGCAGACCUUGAAACUUUUCUGAUGUCAAGAAUUGCCACCUUGGAUGUGAUGGAGUUAAGGACCGCCCAUUCAAUCAGACAUGCAGCUAAAUUGGUAGAUGUUAAAGAGAUAAGGGAAUUUUCUUAUACCCCGGUGAAAUCAAGUGACAUAUACUCUAUUUAUCAAGAACUCAAGCAAAUAGAAGCCAAUGAAAGGGAGAUUGAAGAAUGCAAUAAGAGCAGCCCUGCAAGCAAUUCUUCCAAACUCCAUUUUGCCAGUUCGGAUUUUAAUGAGCACAACUACCAUUCUUUGCAGCAAGGGUCGACUAUUAUUAUUGAUGAUAACUGUCAUUUAGAAGAAGAUGCAAGAGGCCACCACGCUGUGAAUCACGCUGAGGAUCAAGGUUCAAGUUAUUCCCAUGAUGAGAAUCACCUCUCAGUUAACAAGCUUACACAAAGCAAAAAUGAUUGGCAGGUUGCAAGAGAAUGUGAUGAGAAUGCUCCUCGGAAUUCUCCAUACACACAAAGUAGUGAGGUCCAUUUGGUACCAGAAGAAUCAAUGUGUAAGGCAUCGUCCAUAUCUAAGCUUUCGAGAUCUGGCCAAUAUAAUAACAAAUGCUCAGAGAUAACAGCUGAUGACAGUGAUGGAAUGGUCUUGAGAGAGAACAUUUCUAAUAAGGAGACUUAUCCAAGAACAAAGUCAUGGGAAGAUAGGCUUCGGCACGAAAAGUCUGUGGAGCAGUGGAGCUCACCAGAGUUAGAGAAUCCACAUGUUACUCAUGGAAUAAAAGAACGCAUUAAAAGGCCACGAGCUACCGAAAAGAAUAGCUUGAAGGCCAAGCUUCUGGAAGCCAGGAUGGAAAGCCAGAAAACUCAGUUGCCCGGUGUUCUUAAACAGAAGACUUAGGUGAAGCACAUUCUCAAAAUCUUUUUGUUUAAACUUUUCCAACACAACAAUGUGGCAUCUGCCCAAAAGCCAAUGCUGGAGUUUUGUGGAUAAAAUUGUAAACCUCAAGUAGACAAGACAUUUUUCGAUCGGCCUUCUCAUGUUUUUGUUUAAUUGGUCAUUUUCA